GCGUGUCGUGGAGCCGCAGUCUCGUUCACGGGGAUCUUGCGUGACUCGGCGAGUCGGAGACGCUCUGGCGUGGGGCGCGUGUCUGGCUGCCUAUUGAUGAAAGAAAUCACACGGCAGUGUGUAUGGCUUUAUCAGCAGGAAUUUCUCUCAUCAUAGUGAUCAUUUCACUAAUUUUGUUGGUCUGAUAUCAAGUCACCACCUGAUCUGUAGAAGAUUUAGCCACGACCACAGCUGAAGAUGUCAGACAAUGGGGAAGUAGAAGACAAGCCACCAGCUCCGCCUAUGAGAAACACCAGCACCAUGAUUGGCUCGUCGAGUAAAGACUCAGGCACCCUCAACCACGGCUCUAAACCAUUACCGCCCAACCCAGAGGACAAGAGACGAAAAGAAGGAUUUAUUCGAUCAAUACUCACAGGAGGAGGAGACAAGACCAAUAAGAAGAAGGAGCGUCCAGAGAUUUCUCUACCGUCGGACUUCGAGCACACCAUCCAUGUUGGCUUUGAUGCAGUCACUGGAGAGUUUACAGGAAUGCCUGAGCAGUGGGGACGGUUACUACAGACGUCAAACAUCACCAAACUGGAGCAGAAGAAAAAUCCGCAGGCGGUGCUUGAUGUGCUUAAAUUCUACGACUCUAAAGAAACGGUCAACAGCCAGAAAUACAUGAGCUUUACAGAUAAAGGUGCAGAUAACUACAGCUCUUCCAAUGCAGUGAACUCCAAGACCGUUUGCGAGACCCCUGCUGUGGCAACCGUCACUGAGGAUGAUGAUGAGGAUGAAGCCACGCCCCCACCUAUGAUCGCUCCCCGCCCUGAGCACACCAAAUCUAUUUACACGCGUUCUGUGAUCGAACCACUUCCUCCGCCGCCCUCUACCAAAGAUGCCGCCACAUCACCCAUCACCAACACGGCCACUGAUGGUGGCAGCCCAACACCGACACCCUCGACCACUUCCAACGCCACCACUGCCACCCCAUCCACUCCAAACAGCACUGACAAGACACGCAAGAAGAAGAUGACCGACGAGGAGAUACUUGAGAAACUGCGAAGUAUAGUCAGCGUGGGUGACCCCAAGAAGAAAUACACACGUUUUGAGAAGAUCGGCCAAGGAGCAUCUGGAACAGUCUACACAGCCAUAGACAUCGCCACAGGACAAGAGGUGGCCAUCAAACAAAUGAAUCUUCAGCAGCAGCCCAAGAAAGAGUUGAUCAUUAAUGAAAUCUUAGUCAUGAGGGAAAACAAGAACCCCAACAUCGUCAAUUACCUGGACAGUUACCUGGUGGGGGACGAGCUGUGGGUGGUGAUGGAGUAUCUCGCGGGAGGCUCCCUAACAGACGUGGUCACGGAAACGUGUAUGGAUGAAGCGCAGAUAGCCGCCGUCUGUCGAGAAUGUCUACAGGCCCUGGAGUUUCUGCACUCAAAUCAGGUUAUUCACAGAGAUAUCAAGAGUGAUAAUAUUCUCUUGGGCAUGGACGGUUCUGUCAAACUGACUGAUUUCGGCUUCUGCGCUCAGAUCACUCCUGAACAGAGCAAGCGGAGCACCAUGGUGGGAACGCCCUACUGGAUGGCGCCCGAGGUGGUGACACGCAAAGCCUAUGGGCCCAAAGUGGACAUCUGGUCCCUGGGCAUCAUGGCUAUUGAGAUGGUAGAGGGCGAGCCACCGUACCUCAACGAAAACCCUCUGAGGGCUCUGUAUCUCAUCGCCACCAAUGGAACGCCAGAGCUGCAGAAUCCUGAGAAACUUUCCUCUGUGUUCCGAGACUUCUUAAAUCGCUGUCUGGAGAUGGAUGUGGAGAAGAGAGGCUCAGCCAAAGAGCUUUUACAGCACCAGUUUCUAAAAGUGGCCAAGCCUUUGUCCAGCCUCACGCCACUGAUCAUAGCGGCUAAAGAGGCAGCAAAGAACAACCGCUAGCCUCCUGGGUGGACCCCAGCCCCACCUCUCCUCUGUUCCACCCCCCAGAGCGCCCCAUCAUCCGUCUCUUGUGGACGAGGGUUCACCCAACCCUCACCACCUAGUUCUACUGUUAGGGUCCGAGGGGUGUCUGCGGUCACAGAGGUCACCAAAGAGCCUCUGAAUGAUGACAUCACUGGAAUUUAAGUACUGAUGGGUCCCAGUGCGUCAGGCCCACAGGACUAUGGGGUUUUUACACCUCUGUUUCACUGGCGAAAGUGGACCAUCCAAUCGCUGACUCUUUCUAGGUCUUUCUGUCCUUUUUUUUUCUUUUCGUUUGCUUGUGUUUAAUGCCUGUUGAAUGGUGAAAACGUUGUGUUUUCAUGUCUGCUAUUGAAAGUGGAUUUUGUUUAGGUUUUUUUAAUUUUACAACUUUUUAAUAAUGUAUUGUGUGUGAAUAUGUUGGGUCACUGAACAAAAAGCCACAAAAUGGAGAAUAAAUCGGGUAUGGAAGAGUACACUUUUUUGAAAUUGGAAAAAUAAGGAUCUGUAAAAAAACUAUUGAUGAUACUUUUGAUAAAGGUACUAUAAAGGAUGCCUAUGCAUGAAAAGGUGAAAAAUAGUGCAGAUAAUAAAAACAAACUCUGAGGUCCAUCCUGUCCCAUAAAUCUACCGUGAUGAACUUCACCGGAUUCUUGGCAGUACAAUGAUUUGUGUUGUCAAAAAUAUUAACAUGAAUGAAAUUGAAGAAGCGUUUAAACAAAGUUCUUUUUUUCUGCUACGUUAAUGUACCCUUUGGCCUUAAACUGUGACACGAAUAGUACUAUGUUAUGAGAAUGGCACAAUCCACAGAGAUGCAAUUUGUCUUUAUUUAUUUAUUUAUUUUCAAUUUGUCUAAUGGGAUUCCUUGAGAAAAAAAUCUUUCCAGUAAGCAAUCUUAAUCUGUCUAUGCGAGCCAUAAACUGUUUAUAAGGCCUUUUGUGAAUCGAAAUUCUUCAUUGAAACAGUACAAAUAAACUUCAGAAUUCGU